CGGGGGCGCGAGGGACGCCAUUCCGCCAUUCCGGCUCGGGCGCGGCGGAGGCACGACGCGCCGGCAUUUGCGACCAUGUCUUACGGGAGAGGAAACAACGAGUGCCGCAUCUACGUGGGGAACCUGCCCCCCGACAUCAGGACCAAGGACAUCGAGGAUCUGUUCUACAAAUUCGGCAAGAUCGUGUUCAUCGACCUGAAGAACCGCCGAGGGCCCCCGUUCGCCUUCGUCGAAUUCGAGGAUUCCAGGGAUGCCGAAGAUGCAGUACACUCUCGUGAUGGGUAUGACUAUGAUGGCUACCGUCUCCGAGUGGAAUUUCCAAGGAACAGUGUGCCAGGAGCAGCCAGAGGAGGCUCAGGAAGGGGGCGAGGCAGAGGUCCUCCAGCCCGAAGAUCACAAUACAGAGUUUCAGUCACAGGCCUACCCCCCACUGGGAGCUGGCAGGACCUCAAGGACCACAUGAGGGAGGCAGGAGAUGUCUGUUAUGCUGAUGUGUACAAAGAUGGCACAGGUGUGGUAGAGUUCCUUCGCUAUGAAGAUAUGAAGUAUGCUGUCAAGAAACUUGAUGAUUCAAAGUUCCGCUCACAUGAGGGUGAAAAUUCAUACAUUCGGGUGAAAGAAGAUUAUGGAGGUUCUAGUCCAGCAUCCGGUGGUGGUGGUGGAGGUGGACGUGGGCGCUCAAGAUCCAGGUCGCGAUCCCCACGGGGCUACCGGGGGUCGCCCACCUACUCUCCUGUUCGCCGAUCUUAUUCUAGGUCGCCCUCGCGAUCCAGGUCACCGUCACGCUCCCGAGAUCGCUACUAGAACCGAAGACGGGAGUGAUGGGCCAGGCCCAGCGGUUGGGCCGAGAUGACAGCUUGGGCCCAAACCUGGCGAAGUUACCUAGAAUUUAUGAAGGGUGCCAAGUUGUUGGAUGUUGCAUCCAGUUAGAGCACAUCCUUUAUGGGAGGAAAUUGAAAACGGUUAAAACUCCACACUGACCUCUGGUGCCCCACGCUGACCUGACGGUGUCCCCGGACCCAUGCAGCUCUUAGCACUGGACUGGAGGACGUCAGGUCUGCACUGUUGCCAGUCACACAUGUCCCACUUGCCCUUUGGUCUGUCUGCUGGCUGUCCUCACAAUAUAUCAAAGACACUUUUGAAAGGUCCUCAAGUGUGUGUGUGUAUGCAUGUGACGCCAUCACUUUCACAUUGUAUUAGGGGAUGGAUAGAACCCUUCAAAGCUGUUAGUGUUAGGAGUCGCAGAUAAUCUGUUCGGACAGCCAGAUUAAGAAGAAGAAAAAAAAAACGGUGUAUUGCUCAGAGUGGCAUUUUUUGUUUGUGUAAAUGCAGACUUUUUGAAAGUUUUUUUUGUACUUUUUUAGAUUUUUAUUAAUGGCAACUAAUUUUGAUUUUGACUUCACAUAGGUGUAUGCAGUCUGUUCCAUGGUCAUUGUUCAGUAUUAAGGAAACUUUCAAUGUCUUCAUAUACAAAGGGCAAGUUAAAGAUUUUAGAUUUGUAAGAAAGCAUAUGUUUACAAAAAGAAAUGUAAUGAAGUUUACGUUAUAAGUAGCUUCUAGCCCAAUUAAGCUAACUAUGAUUUAUUACUUCUGUCUUUAUGUUCUCACAUUCCAUUCUGACUUCUCAGCUGAACAAUUCUUAUAUCUGAUAUUUUCUUAGUAAUCAGCGUGUAAAUACACCUCAUACUUUUAAUAAAGAUGUUCAAUAAAAAUUGUCUUGAAAUGGAUUUUGUAUUGAAUGAAGCUUUACCUAUAGAUUAUAGAGAUCGUAUUACCAGAGACUAAUUGUUUGUUUUUCUUUCUACACAGUCCCGUAGCUAGUAGGCUGCUGCAAUAUGGCCAUCCUUCCUGCCAAAUUUCGUAGAUUUUGGAAAGCUAGGAUUUGAGAAGUGGAGGAGGAGCAUUGACUAUGGCAUGGACGAGAGGCUCUCUAUCUGGAUCACAGGAUCAGGAGGAUACAUGCUGCAGCAAGCUUGCAAGGGGAGGAUCACACUAAUGGAUAACUUGGAUCACAAUGGAUGAGAUCUCUUAUGGGUCUCAGUUGGCCUAUCCAUGGAGAAAAAGGAUUAUGCGGGGACAGGUUCUGCGCUUGGACGAACUCACUGGAGGAUCAUGGAUCACUUGAGGAUAAGGAUUUGGAUCAAUCAAGGGAUUCACCAAGUAGCAGAGGACUGGAUUUGUGAGUUAAGGAUUCACUUUCCCUCCCCUCAUUGCUUGAAUUUGUUACUUGAAUUCCCAUCAAAGUCCUCUUUAGUACAAAGCAAAAUUAGUAGACCAUUUCUGAUAUCCAGGUGGAAACCUCUUUAUUUUAUCACAGAUAGGGGUGAUUUACGGAGUGAUAGAUUAUUAGGGGAUGCCAGCUUUUAUUGAUCAAAGGGAGAGAUGUCUUUUUCCUAUGUUGCCAAAUUAUUGCGGAACAUGUCAUAUCGUAAGGGGAAGUUGGGAAGAGAACCAGUGCAAAGUUAUUAACGAGUUUCUCUUUUCCAGCAGCAAUACAAGGAGAUCAGUUAUUCAACAGUGAUUCAUCAAUAAAAUAUUAAUGUUA